CAAAAAAGCUUAAUAGCGUUGAACUCACUCGCAGUCUCUUGCCCUGCGGACCGCUUGCUUCGUCAGCGGGUAUAUGACUGUGUGCGUUCCAUCACCCGCAAGCAGGUCUGCGGAUCGCGCCCCUUCCUCCCUCUGCGCGCAGGAUGGACCCGAAGAUAACCGAACCGGACCCUCCAUCCUCUCGCAACGGGAUCACCCAGGUUCUGCAGUACGGGGAAUUCACGGUCACCGGCAACCGAAAGGUGAGGUACACCGUGAGUUUAACCGAGAGGGACCUCACCAUUCAGAAGAUCACGUCGACACCUGCGGGACGGAGCAAGGUGGUUUUCAACUUGAGGGACUGUGUCGGCUGCCGGGCUUUCAGGACAGAUGACAAUACGGACGCGGGAGCGUACUUCUCUGCCUAUUUCUACCCGUUUAAAAGACGAUGGAUGAGCUCUGGUGUGGCCAGGCAGCGGGUCGAGCAGUGCUUUCGGGUAGCCCUGUUCCAAGACCAGCGCGCCAACCUGGAGGAGGCAGAGAAAUGGGCUGGCACCAUCCGCGAGAGCUCUGCUCGUCAGCAACAUUUGAGAAAUGGUGUGCUGUACAGUGAGGUGCACCUUCCCUGCAGUGUCAUGCUACUGGUGAACCCUCACAGUGGGAAGGGCCAGGCCCUCAGCCUCUUCACCGGACACGUCCAACGUAUGCUCAACGAGGCCGGGGUCCCACACACACUGGUCAUCACAGAGCGGCAGAACCAUGCCAGAGAGUUGGUGAGAGAGGCUGACCUGUCACAGUGGGAAGCUAUAGUCAUCAUGUCCGGGGACGGACUUCUGUUUGAGGUGGUGAAUGGCCUGAUGGAGAGAGAGGACUGGGAGGAGGCCAUCCAGACCCCACUGGGCAUCCUACCGGGGGGCUCCGGUAACGCCCUGGCUGCCUCUAUACACCACUACUCUGGGGCCCAGCCGGUGUCAAGCGAGGAGCUGCUCGUCAGCUGUGGCUUCCUGCUGUGUAAGGGCCUGGUGUCUCGCAUGGACCUGGCAUCCGUCCACCUGGGCUCCAGCCCCUCCAGCCCUACGCGCCUCUUCUCCUUCCUCUCGCUGGCCUGGGGCUUCGUGGCUGACGUGGACGUGGAGAGCGAGAAGUACCGCCACGUGGGCGCCGCCCGCUUCACCAUGGGGACGUUGGUCAGGCUGGCAUCGUUGAGGGUGUAUAAGGGCCGUCUAGCAUACCUGCCGGUUGACAAGGCGAAGAAGAGGGAACCCAUGUCCGCUAAUGCCACGCUAACGGGCCCGCCAGACUCUCUCCUGGUGCCCCUGGACCAGCCGGUGCCCAGCGACUGGGUGGUGGUGCCCGAGGAGGACUUUGUCCUCAUGCUGGCCAUGUACCAGUCUCACCUGGCAGAGGACCUGUAUGCCGCGCCCGACUCUACACUCGAUGACGGACUCAUCCACCUGAUAUACGUCCGAGCAGGCAUAUCGCGCACGGCCCUGCUCCGGCUCUUCCUGGCCAUGGAGAAGGGCACCCACCUAGCCAACAACUGCCCCCACCUGGUGUACGCCCGUGUGCGGGCGCUGCGGCUGGAGCCCUACUCGCCCAAAGGGGUGAUCACGGUGGAUGGGGAGGUGGUGGAGUAUGGGCCGGUCCAGGCCCAGGUACACGGCGGGAUGGCCAGGCUCAUCACUAGAUGAUAAACAAGAUCCACUGGAUGGAUAGCUAGCGUUAUCAUGUUAUGCUAAUAGAUAUGCUACGCUAGAAGCUAACUAGUUAGCAUUUUCUGGACGAGUGCUAACAACUAGCGUUAGCAUUUUCUGGACGAUGCUAACAACUAGCAUUAGCAUGUUCUGGACAAUGUUAUGCUCACAUCUAAAGGGUAGGUGGGAUCAAUUGACUUUUUAGUCUUGGAAGUGCCAUGAUGGAGUAGCAAGGCUAGAACAAACAAAAAAAAUCCACAAUGGGUGGGUACGUUUUAUUUCUACAGAGCCCAAUGUUCUCAAUCUCCCCUUCCCAUUAGUUUGCAUUUAGGCUGUCCCAAAAUGGCUUCCCACUAGCUAAAAGCAACUGACCUUUUAAUUGGCUGUUGCAAGCUAUGACAUUUAAUAUAUUACUAGAACUGAGGUGAGAGAUAGAUCAAGAGCUCUGCUGUCUUACUCCAUAAGCAUAACUCUAGAAAUAUGAACAUUCUCGCCCCAUUGCAAACCCCCACCCACCCACACAUACAAACAUUCUCCUUACCAGGGGGACAUAUGAUGUAGGGCUUGGCCAACAGCGAGAACACCUCAAGCAGUGUCAGUCACCCACCCUGUCCCUCACACACCCUGGGCAUGCUUUAUGUCUAUGGGAGGGCAUCACUAAGCUGCCAUCACAACUUGAAUUUUCUCUCUUAUGCAACAAAUGGGGGUUGGAUUGAUGCCUUCAUUGCUCUCUUCCGCUGUGACGUGGAAAUAUGGAAGAUACAUACAAUCUCCGGGAGCCAGCAUUGACAUUAUUAGAAACCAGCUUAUUUGAACUCAAGUAAUUAGGGGACUGUUGCGCCGAUAUCAACAUCAACCAUUGAUGCUCAAUUACAAUAGGGAUUGUUUUUGGUUAACUUGAAGCUUGAAUCUCGAGGGCCAAUAGUUUAUGCUAAGGCCUAGACCCGACCCUGGACAACUUGAUGACCGGUUUUGGAUUUGAAAAUAUUUGGAGUUUAUUUUGGAUUAGGUAUUGUUGUGAUUAGCUGCAAACGCACCAUACUUCCAUGACUUCUUCAAUCAACCAGCCACCUUACAUUGACAUGCAAACAAAUAUACUAAAGAAGACAUAUUUCAAGUAAUUUGAUAUGUGCUUGUUUUAUACCUCAUAUUUUCAUGAACCACUAGCUUUAAAUGGCCUAGAGUGAGAGAGACUGCCCUUACGUAUUGUGCUGUGGCCUGUCCUGCAGAGGAAGGCAUGCAGCACAGGUCCAGGUUAAGGGAUUGAUGACUUGUAGUGCCUGUAUCAGGUCUCCGACUGCAGUCUUUCCCCAUACACCUCCCCUCCAUCCAUCCUUCUCCUCCAUCCAAUCCAUCCAUCCCGACUCCUCCUUUUCUCGACACUGCAGUGCACCACAGAGCAGUCCCAGUCGCUUUUGUCUGCCUGCAGCUACAGCUGACAACCCCAACAGUACACUACACACAUUCCCCUUCUCAGCCAUCAUCACCUAGGUGUCCUUAUCAUAAAGCUUUAAACACACAGAGAAGAUUAACUAUGAAAUGAUGACAAGCGCAACCAAAGGCUAAUGUGAUGCUAAUACAGUAGCUAGCCUGAGUUCACGCUCUUGUCACAGCCUUCGGUCCUGAUUCUGAACUCUCGGAACGAGGGCGAUUAUUCUGCCUUAAACACAAAAGGAAGGGAGGGGACACUUGAUUAAACAGCACAUUGGUCAGGGGAUGGGAAAGAGGGAGGGAUGAGGGAGAGGUUUGACUUGUUAAAUGCUGCAUGAGGGACCAUCAUUGUGUGGGAUGCAUCCCAAAUGGCACCCUAUUCUCUAUAAAGUGCACUAAUUUUGAUCAGGGCCCAUAGGGCUCUCGUCAAAAGUAGUGCACUAUGUAGUGAAUAGGGUGCAAUUUGGCACAUAACCCCUACUCCACAGAUACACUGCUGUGGAGAAUGAACAUAAUGUUUAGCAUAAGGUUCUGACUGACAGUGAAAGAAAUAUGUUUAUGUUCAUAUUGUUCUUUGGAACCACAAAGUGCCCCUGAUAUGACUGAGUGCACAUUUGGGCCAUGAGAUUUUCCCAAAAUGCAGAAAUGUUAGUUUAAUGUUUUGAUAUUGUGCAAUGACUGUGGCUUUGAUGUUGUAAACCUGCCCUUAUUCCAGACUAAAUAAUUAUAAUGGGGAAGACAAAUUCUAUUUUUAAAGAAAUUUGAUUUGAGCUGUGCUACAUGUGGAAGAAAGCGCCUUGCAUUGACGUUUAAAGUACAAUGAUUUACUGCGCUUUUAACCCUUUCAGGGGCAUGAGCUCAUCUGGCGUUCCACCCCUACUGAUUAAUUGAUUGAGCUCUGUCCUCCCCUACUGAUUGCCAUUUUAGAGCAGCAGCACAUACAUUUCCAAUCCUACCUUGGUCGCGUUCCUCUGCUCAGACGUUGCAUGCAUCAACCAAUGGUUGUGUGCCACGUUAUCGACUGACAGAUUGCUACAUAGGUAUUUUUGUGUGUCAGCUGUCUAGGAGUUGUAAGCUCUGGCAGGCGUCGGCAACACCUGGGCAGAGGAACGCGCCCCAUCGCAUGCUGGGAAUCAAUGAGUUAUGAUGGGAAAAUGGAGGUGAAAAUAUAAAGACGAACAUGACAUCACGGUCGCUUAUUUCAGUUUCUCCAUGAGAUAAAUUGUUGUUCAGACUCCAUUGAUUGUCACAGGAGUCUUCUGCUUGGCUCGGGCUUGAAACAUGCUCCAAAAAAAUCCAUUCCUUAUAGCUAGCUUGGGCCAUCAGUUUUUCCUGAC